AUGAAAUACCAUACGCGCGUUUGCACAGUUCGCACUUUCUUGGUGGCAUCGGCCAUCAUCUGCACCUCGUCCGCUUUCCAGAUUGUUCCCACCCCAGCUCUUUUCCGGAGAGACGGUUCCUCAUGUUCGGCGGUCGAUCCUAAGCUACCCAACAGUUUCCAAUGUGCUUCAGGGAACAACUGUGUGUCUCUCGACAACUCGUCGUCGGCCCUCUGUUGCCCGGAGUCGAGCUCAUGCGAUAACAUCCAGACAAUAUCCUGUGAUGUCUCGUCUCAAAAUGCAACGGCGAAUCCGACGGCAGGAAUAUUCACCACGAGACUUGGGGACAAGCUGCCGCAGUGUGGAGAUAAAUGCUGUCCGUUCGGAUAUUCUUGCAUCCAGCAGCCUUCGGGGCCGUCCAUUUGCAGCAUUAUCCAGAGCACGAGCAUCGUCGGAAAGACCGACGCGUCCUCUGGCAACACAUCCAGUUCUUCGUCGGCAAGCUCGUCGGCGACAAAAUCGGCCACUUCAAAUACCUCCACGACCAGCUCAACUUCUACUUCAAGUCCAAGCAGCGUCAGUGUGUCGGCAGCGCAGGUUGAACCUCAAUGCAACAAGUUUCCCAUCGGCGUUUUCCUUGCCGGGUUCUUUCCUGGCAUGUUUGUGGGCGCCUUCCUGAUGCUGGCAUGGGUCAUCUGCAGCGGGCGGCAUCGCAAACCGAAUUCCCGGAACUCUUCUGGCUCGUCAAUCUACAAACCAACCAUCUCCGACCCGAUCCCAUUAGAUGCGUCUGGCGGUCUGAGGACGGACUUCCUCCGCAAAACCACCGAUCGGGCAAAGUCCAUGUUUUCCACAAAGAGCAGCCGGAACAGCCAACAACCUGUUCCUAAUCACUGGAAGAUGCCCACGCCGCCAGUACCCAACAACAUCCCCGUUGCCCCGGCAGGCUUGCCUGUCACACCAGACCGGAGGCUGGCUCAUGAGCCCAGUAUGGAAAGUAUCAAAGUCUACACUCCGCCAGCUGGGUCGGUCCAGCACCCCAAUCCCGCGGCAAUUGCUCCACUGAGAGGCAUGGCAGCGCAGCGAUUCCCGCCGACCAUCAAAAACAAUAUGGGCAGUCCGUUCCAGUCCCCUCCGAACAACAGCGGCAACGGCUCUAACACGGCAAAUAGGAUGAGCAGUUCUCUGAGGAAUGAGAGGGGUGUCAGCGUCUUCUCUGGCGAGUCCGAGUUCUCCCGCGAGAACGAUGGCCCUACACUGACGCCGGCGCGAUACAACGGUGGCUUCAACCCCACACAACGCAUGAGAUCCGACAGUAGGGAGGAAAUCAGCAGACCAAACACCACUUUUACAGAGAUGUUGCAUGAAGCCGGAUUCCCCGAUCCCAUGCAAUCACCAGACCAACAUACACCGGCUGUGCCGAAGAUACCAGAGGGUUAUGCAGGGAGGAAUCAUCGGCUAUGA